AUGUGGUAUCUUGAAGCUUAUACCUUAAUUAUUUUAACUUUGCACUUCCAUAUAUUCGCCUCUACUAAUCACACUUUUAAUCAACAUGCGCGGCACGAGGGUAAACAAAAACAGGUGGUGCACAUCGCGCUUAAUUAUGCACGUUCCAAAGUUUACGACAAAGCUUUCAAAGAGUCCAUCAGAAAUAUAAACAGUGGCCAGUCAAUCACAACCCUCCGAAAAUUACCAACAAAAUUCACAUUGGCCCCCCUGGAUUGUAUUCUUCCUCGUGGACGUUUCUUUCCUGCACAUGUUCUUGAUUGUCUUUGUGGAGUGGUUACGGCUCAAAGAGUUGCUCUAAUUGUUUUCGUGUCCGCUUCAGAAGAGUUUGGGGAAUCCACAGCUGCAGCGCAGUACUUUCUACAAAUGGCAGUUCAAACUGGAAUACCCAUAAUUGCUUGGAAUGCUGAUAAUGCCGGAUUUACAUUUCCAAAACCAAUGUCACACUAUUCUAUCCUACAACUUGCACCGCCAAUUCAACAUCAGGUUCGAGCUAUCCUUGCACUACUCCGACGCUACCAAUGGGCAAGAUUCGGAGUUGUAAUGUCUAAAAUGGCGGGAAGCCAGAAUUUCUUAAAAAUGCUUCAAAACGAGAUACAGGCCCAAGAAGACCGUUCAUUCAAGUUUAUCUUGUCAAAUUUUAAAAUUAAAUUUGGUAGAUUCGAGGUUGUACAUCACGAAGAAAUUGAUUCAGAAUUAGGUGAUCAACAUAUUAAACAGAGACUAACAGCUUUAAAAAAUUCUGAAGCACGAAUUAUCGUUCUAUAUAGUACUACUGAUAGAACUAGACGCAUAUUUCAGACCUCCAAUGCAAUGUUCCCGCCAGCGGAUGAUGUGCUUCCAAUGAUUAUUGGAUUAGCACCAAAAUUUUUUGGUCUUGGAUUAGCAAAACUUUUAUUUAACAAAAGUUUUGAUCAGAAUAUUUCCUCAACUGCUAGUUGUAACUCUAGUAGAAUAACUAGUUGGCCCCUGGGCAAACAAAUUUACGAAAAUAUGCGUUCAUCUUUUCUCAAAGGCAAUCCUCAUCACGCGAAAGAUGGUUUAGAUUCCUUCUUUUACGCAUUUACAGAUCAAGGAACCUUGCGUGAUUCGCAUUUACUAAUCUCCAAUUUACGAACUAAACGUUCAAAAGAUUCUUUAUUAAUAGAUGGAGAACAGGGAGCGUUACAUUGGGAAAGAGUUGGGGAAUUUACUGGUGGCCAACUGAGAAUGGCAGACAUGGAAUGGCCAGAGGGGAAGGCAAAUCCCCCACAGGGAACACCUGACAAAUUUCAUAUUAGAGUUGUUACACUGCACGAGCCUCCUUUUGUUGUGGUUACUGAACUGGAUCCUGAAACUGGACAAUGCCCAGGGAGCCAAGGAACUCCAUGUGAUUGGGGAUUUGAGAACACAACAUUAUGGAAAUGCUGUACUGGUUAUUGUGUGGAUUUAUUAAACAAAUUAGCUGCAGAUAUUGGUUUCAGCUAUACACUUUAUAAAGAAAAGGGCUGGAACGGAUUAAUUCAGGAUCUGGUAACAAACAAAGCUGAUAUGUGUGUAACCUCACUUAAGCUGAAUAGUGAACGAGCCCGAGAUGUUGACUUUUCUAUUCCAUUUUUGGAAACUGGGAUAUCUAUUCUGGUUAAAAUUCGUAGUGGUGUGCUAUCACCAACUGCAUUUCUUGAACCCUUCGAGUAUAGUACCUGGGCUAUAAUUCUAGUUGUUAGCAUUCAAGGAGCUGCACUAUCCAUUUUUUUAUUUGAAUGGUUCAGUCCUGAUAGUUUUGAUAUGAAAAAUUAUCCUCCACCUGACGUUCCUCGAUCAACUGUCAGCCGAUUUAUGUCAUUGACAGCUAACCUGGCAGCAUUUAUGAUAACACGAGUACAAUAUUACGAACUUGUUGGUGUUGAUGAUGAGAAAUUAAACUUCCCCGAACUUCAAAAUCCUCCUUUCCGCUUUGGGACUGUUGAAGGAGGAAAUACACACGAAACAAUGCGUAGAAACUGGCAUAGAAUGCAUUCUUAUGUCGAACAAAACCAAUUUUAUAGAGAUAAUAUUUCUGCAGGCGUUGAGUCAGUUCGAAGAGGAGAGCUGGAUGCAUUUAUUUAUGAUGCUGUUGUUCUUGAUCAUCAGGCAGGAAAAGAUCCCAAUUGCGGAUUAAUGACAGUUGGCAAGUGGGCAAGCAUGACCGGAUAUGGCAUUGGAUUCCCAAAAAAUUCACCUUUAGUUUCACGUGUAAAUCAUUUUAUGCUUCAAUACCAACAAAGGGGUCGGGAUUUAGAACGACUUCAAAAUUUUUGGUUAACCGGUGCUUGUUCUCCAGAGACUAAUACACAAGGAAGUGGCAGUUCUCCCCUUGGAGUUGAGAACUUUUUGAGUGCUUUUUUCCUUCUAGCUGUUGGAAUUUUGUUGAGCUUGAUAUGCUUGGCCUUCGAGUUUCUUUAUUGCCGUCAUUUUCGCGCACCUUUAAAAAGAUUAGACCAGAAUGGAUGGUGUGGAAUAAUUAGCAUGGCUAUGGCCAAAUCCCUUAGUUUUACCGAAGCUGUUGAUCGAGUACAGGAAUGGCGACGACGUUGGGGUCGUCAGGAGCAAUUGGAAGAACAAGAUGGAAUAGAUGAGGAUAAAGGUAUUGUUCUUCAUCAAAAAUAG